GAGCUUGGUGUUGUUGUAAAAUGGAUAAGUCUUGGGUAUGGCUGCCAAGGAAUAGCAUCGAGUAUGAGAAAGGAGCAACUACAUUUGUUUAUUCAUCAGCAAGGAGUUUGGGAGAUCCAAAAGAAAUGUUCUGUCCAUGUAAGGAUUGCCGGAAUCUGUGUCAUCAACCAGUAGAAAGAGUUUUGGAGCAUCUAGUUAUUAAGGGAAUGGAUCAGAAAUACAAAAGAAAUGAAUGUUGGAGUAAGCAUGGGGAUAUAAGGACUGAUAAAUCAGAUGCUGAGCCCAGAAGGGAGUUUGAAGCUUUUGACCUUAUUAGAACAGCUUUUUAUGAUGGAGAAGACCAUUCUGAUUCUCAGAAUCAGAAUGGAGAUGAUACCUUAGGGACCUUAGCUGGUUGUAAAGUGAAAGGAAAACAAGCUUGUAAUGUCUGUGGGAAGGAUACACCAUUUAAGUGGUUGAAGUUUAGUAGAAAACAUGUGUAUUUGAGCAAUAGGAAGCGACUCAGUCCAGGGCAUCAUUACAGGCGUAGAAGAGGCUGGUUUGACAACACUAUAGAGGAAGGGACACCAAGUAGAAUUCAGACAGGAGAAGAAAUAUUUGAAAUACUCAAAGAUUUCAGAAAUGAUUUUGGGAGACCUUUGGAGAGAAAGAGUAAAAGGAAAAGAACAGACUUGGAAGAAGAUGAUAUGGUUUCUCAAGAUGAGUAUGAUGAAGACACUGAUCAAUGGAGAUGGAAGAAACUCUCUAUUCUUUUUCAAUUACCUUAUUGGAAGGAUGGCUUGAAAGCACGCAAAGAUUUGGAAGAUAUGGGGAUUCGUAGUAACUUGCAUACACAGUUAAGAGGAAAGAGGACAUACUUACCUCCUGCUGCUUAUUGGUUGUCUAAGGAAGAGAAAAGGAGAUUCUGUAGUAGGCUAGCCAGGUUUAGAGGGCCUGAUGGAUAUUGUGCCAAUAUCUCAAAUUGUGUAUCUGUUGAUCCACCAGUCAUUGGUGGAUUGAAGUCUCAUGACCAUCAUGUGCUUCUUCAAAACUUGUUACCUGUUGCUUUGAGAGGGUUGCUUCCUAAAGGACCUAGAGUUGCUAUAAGUAGAUUAUGCAACUACUUCAGCAGGUUGUGUCAGCGUGUUAUUGACCCUGAGAAGCUAAUCACAUUGGAGUCUGAAUUAGUUGAGACACUGUACAUGAAAACUCUAAAGGCUUAUGUGAAAAACUUUGCAAGGCCCGAAGCAUGUAUGGCUGAGGGAUACUUAGCUGGAGAGUGUAUGGCCUUUUGCUUGGAGUUUCUACAGAAUUCCUUAUCAUUACCAGAAGCAGUCAACCGCAAUGAAGAUGUUGAGAAUAAUUCACUGAUCCUUGAGGGCAGGACACUGCAGAAAGCUACUCAAGUGACACUUACUAGUAAAGAGAGAGAAAUAGCUCAUAGAUAUGUUCUGAUGAACAUGGCUGUUAUGGAUCCAUACAUUAACUUGCAUUUAGAGGAACUGCAAGCUACUGAUGCCAGAUGUAUGAGCAAUGAAACUCUACUAUGGAAGAUGCAUGCAGAUCAGUUCUUAGAGUGGAUAAAGGAGAAGAUCCCUACAAACUCAACAGAGCAUUCAACGCAACUGAGAUGGUUGGCCUUUGGACCAAGACAUAUUGCCCAGACAUACAAGGGGUUUGUCAUUAAUGGACAUAGAUUUCAUACAGAUGACAUGAAAAGGAAAACUCAAAACAGUGGAGUCACAUAUGAAGCAUUCUCAAUGUGUAGAUCCAGUGCCAAGGAUACUAGACUACAGGCUGAUAUAGUUACAUACUUUGGAGUAAUAAAGGAGAUCAUUCUGUUGGACUAUCAUAUGUUUCAGGUCCCUAUAUUCAAGUGUCAUUGGGCAAACAAAGGGAAUGGAGUAAAAGAAGAAGAUGGAUUCACUCUUGUGAAUCUUCAUUUGAACCAAUCUGCAUUUCUUCAGGAUCCAUACAUUCUGGCAGCCCAAGCAAAACAGGUCUUCUAUUCCAGAGAAGAUGACUCUUCACCUUGGUAUGUAGUAAUGAAGGCGCCACCAAGAGGAUACCAUGAGUUGGAGACAGAAGAGGAGUUUGCUGCAGCAACAAUAGUAACCCAGGAUAAUGUAGAAUUAGGGAAUGAGUCUGAUGAUGAGAGUUUCUAUGUUAGGAAUGACUGUGAAGGUAUGUCUCCUAAAGUUAAGAAAACCAUGCCUCGCCGGAGUAAGCGUAAGCAAGGCAUUGAGCUGAGUUCUGAAGUUGGAUUACAAGUGCACAGAAGAAGCAAGAAGAAUGUUACACAGAAGGUUGACAUUGGUGAGGAAGAACAUGAAGAGAAUCUUGCAGAAAAAGUUCACAUUGAGCAGCAGGAGCAUGAGAGUGUUGCACAGGAGCAUGAGAGUGUUGCAGAGGAGACUGUAGCUGAUGUUCUUGGUUCUGACUUGGCUGCAGAGGAGCAGGAAAUUGAUGAACAAGCUGAUGAGGAGGAUACACAACCAAAUGAUGAAGAAGUUCAUCAACCUGUACAUGAAGACAUGGGUCCAGAGGAAGCUGCAGCUGGUGAAGAAGAACAGGUGCAUCAUUCCACUGAAGAAACUCAAACCCAGCAAUCAGUGAGCAAGAAGAGGAAAACAAGAGGACCAACAAGGAUGCGUAAAAUUGCUAAACAACAUGAUGAAAAGGUAGAUGUUGAAUUUACUUCUAUUGGUGAACAUGUAGGGAAUGGAUCUGUGUCACUAUCAUCAUUCCUUGGUCCUCUUGUGAGAGAGCAUGUACCUGUUCUUCUGGAUGAUUGGAGGCACCUAUCUGAUCAGACUAGGGACACAUUAUGGGAAGAAAUACAGGGGAGGUUCAAUUUGACAGAAGAUUGGCAAAAGGAUUGUGUUUUCAAGCAGAUGGGUUGUGUUUGGAGGGCUUCUAAGUCUAAGCUAACUACUAAGGUGCGAGCUGUAAAGAGCAAAGCACAAUUACUUAAGCUAAAACCAAGCAAUAUAGAAUCAGUGUCAGCUUGGAAUGCUUGGGUGAAGAACAGAAACACCAGUGCCUUCAAGGAAAUAAGUGAGAAGUACAGGAAGUUGAGGCAGGCCCAGAUUCCACACACCACCAGUCGCAAAGGGAUGAACCGCCUAGCUCAUGAGAUGAAAAAAAAGAGUUCAAACCCAAAACUGGUGACAAGAAGCAAGGUUUGGGUAGCAGGUCAUACACACUCAGAUGGGAGACCAGUAAGGCCUGAAUUUGCAGAGACUAUUGAAAAAAUUAAAUCGAUUGACAGUGAAAUGGGCUCCUCAUCAACAACAAAUCUCAAAGAAGAUGCUGUUAGUCAAGUUUUAGGAAAAGACAAGCCUGGAAGACUUAGAGGAAUGGGCAGAGGGGUUACUGCAACUAAGUUAGCAUUCAUGUUAGCUAGAGACUCUCAUGUGGAGAAGCUAGAAGCUUCACAAGCUGAUUUACGAAUAAAGCUUGAGGAAUUGCAGGAUGUACUGACUGGCUUAACUGGGAAAAAGGACCAGUGUGAAGAGGUAUCUAAAUCAGAGGCUAGUGAUCAUAGUAAAGGUGUUAGAUGCCAGCUUCUUGAUUGGUGUUCAGAGGAUGAUGUUGUUGUAGGAGAAGGGGAAUUCUGCUCAGCUGAACAAUGGUACAAGAUUGGUCGUAUUCCACUUGGUCGUCAUGCUGCGGCUGUUAUUGUGAAGUCAGUGUCUGAUGAAACAGCCUCUCUAUGGAGACCUACACCAUCUGUAUUCUUACUUGGUGGAGCUUUGGGGACCAAGAUUGCCUGGCCUUUUGAUAAGAUCAUUCUAGACAAUGAUGCAGACUCUCCUAUUGAGAAUAAGACUGCAGGAUCCUCAGCUACAGAUGGAUCUCACACAAAAAUCCUCAUAAUUGAUUGGAAUUUGGCUGACUCUGUGGUUGCUGAGGGAAGAUUGUGUUCAACUGACAAGGACGAAAUGGUCAACAAUAUGCCUCUUGGUCAUUCUGCUGGAAUUGUUAAUGUUGAGAAAGUGUUUAACAAGAACGCAUAUCUGUGGAGACCAAGUCCGGGAAAGUUUUUGAUGAAGGAUGUACUACAUGAGAACAUCGCAUGGCCUCUUCAGAGUAUACAAUUUGUGAAUUCCUCACCAAGGAAUGAAUCAGCAGCAGCAGAUAAAAGACCAUCUCCUCCACUGAGCUUAAGUAACAGCACUGGUAGCACUGGUAGCAAAUCAGUCAAGAAGAAAUGCAUCUUGUUAGAUUGCAAAAACUCCAGGGAAAAAGUAGCAGAAGGAAGAGUAUGUCCAUCUAAUCCAUCUGACACAGUCCAUCAUAUGCCUCUUGGUGCCAAUGCGAGCAAGGUUUGGGUAGAAGUGUCCAAGGUUGGAGAUGCAGCUGUGUGGAGACCAAACUCUGAAAUUCAAACCAUUGCCGAUGCAGUAGUACUUGCUAAGGCAUGAUCAUGUAAUUUGACAUGUUUAUCUAAUAUGAAUUUCAUUUUGUCGUUUUAAAUCUGUUUUAUAUAAUCUUAAUUUGUAAAUAAUUUGAUCAAAACAGAAUUGAAACUGGAAAUGGAUGGUCAAAUAUUGCACCAAAACAAAAUGCUAUAAAUUGAAACAAUUGCA